AUUUGCUACGUAGACAUGACCUGUUAUAUUCUGUUCCUGAAUUGGCUAAAGAUGAGGCUAUUGAAGUUUUUAGUUGGCACGCUUUUCAGAAAUCGACUCCUGAUAAAGAGUUUUUGAAACUCUCCAAAUCUGUAGUAGAUUAUUCUAAAGGCUUACCUUUAGCUCUUAAGGUCCUGGGUUCUUUUCUCUACAAGCAAGGCAUUACUGAGUGGAGAAGUGCAUUGGAUAGACUCAAAGAUACUGGAUAUGAAAAAAUUGCUAAGCAGCUCAGUUUAAGUCUAGACGGAUUGAGCCAUGAAGAGAAGAAUAUAUUCCUUGAUAUGGCAUGUUUUUUUAGAGGAAGAAAGAGAGAUGAUGUGAUUACUAUACUAAACAGUUUUGGUUUCCGAUCAGAGAUUGGAACAGAUAUCCUCAUCCAAAAUCACUCUUAUAUAUUUCUGAAGGAAUGGUUGAGAUGCAUGAUUUGAUUGAACAAAUGGGUCAGCAAGUGGCACGCAGUGUUGAUCAGGACAAGCCAUGGAAUCACAGUAGACUAUGGCAUGAACAAGAUAUAAAAACUGUUUUUUCUGCAAAUCAGAGGACAGAUUCAAUUAAAGGCAUAAUGGUACCAAUUGGCUCAGACCGUCAUAUGUGCAAGUGGAGCAAAGCUUUCAGAAACAUGCCUUGUCUUAGGUUACUCAUUGUCAAAGGGGAGGAGGCCCGACAUCAUGACCCUAUUUGUGACUCUAUUGAGUAUCUCCCCAGUAACUUGAAAUGGCUUGAUUGGUCAUACUACAGCUUUGUAUCUUUACCAGCAGAUUUUGAACCAGGAAACCUAGUUGGGCUCAUUAUGACUUCUAGUUCUCUUGUUGAAAUCUUCAAGGAACCAAAGGCAUUUGACAAGUUGACAAUCCUCAAUUUAAGUUUUUCAGGAAGUUUACUCCGAACACCCAAUUUUUGUGAGACUCCAAACCUCCAGAAGAUAAUACUGAAAAGUUGUGUAAGUUUGGUUAAAAAUCAUCCAUCCAUUGGAAAUCUCAAAAAGCUCAUCUUCUUGAAUCUGGAAAACUGCAAAAGUCUAAAGUCUUUACCAAGUAGUAUUCAAAUGGAAUCUCUUGAAAGUUUCAACCUCUCAGGUUAUCAGAAAUUAGAAAAAUUUCCAAAAAUUCGGGGGAAUAUGGAAUUGCUAUCAGAGCUCCUUCUGGCACAUACUGCAAUUUGGGAAUUGCCCUCAUCAAUAGGACAGUUCAGUGGUAUCAGCUUGCUUGAUUUGCAAUCAUGUGAAUACCUUGUAAGUCUCCCAGCCAGUGUCUCUGAGAUGAGAAAACUGAAAAUUUUGAUUCUGAAAGGCUGCUCAAGACUUGCAAUUUUACCUGAAAAUCUAGGUGAUCUAAACGAGUUGGAGGAGCUCUAGGCUGGCAACACUGCCAUUUGGCAACUGCCAGAUUCUAUUGGAAACUUAAGCAAACUCAAGAUCCUAUCAUUAAGAAAAGGGCGGAAGGUAAAGCAUCAAUCUGCUCGCAGUUUGAUAUUACCCUGGGUGUUUCAUGCUUU